AUGUCCCCUCAUGACUACGCGGACCAUCAAUCAGAAUCUGUCGCAGAUGCGGUGACCGCGAUGAAGCUGGAGUCCGACGCAGCGCCCGAAAACUCAGCCAUGUCAAACGGCGGAGGAGCCAUGAUCAAGGAUGAAUCGUCAAACGCGGCCUCCAACGCCUCCCCCGUCCCGACCCCAAAGGCAGAACGAUCACGAUCUUCUUCUCGAGCCCCGGUGAAGAAGGAAGAGAACUACGAAGACUACGGAAGCAAUGUGAAAGGGGCGGAGAACAAUCAUGGGGACAACGUGGAGGAGAAAGUCGGAGGCGACAUAAUUGUCAAGCUCGAGCCUGGACAGCCUCCCAAGUUAACACGGAGCUCUUCCCAGAAGGUUGUUCCACGGCCACCGCAGUUGUUUGCCCAUCUGCCGGAUAGCACAGCUGAGGCUCAAGCGACGUUUGACUUGAUGGACGCAUGCACGUACGCCAAUAAGUACAUGGGUUAUACUGAACAUGCGAUGGAAUGCGAUUGUGCUGAAGAAUGGGAACCGUCCGUCUCCAAAAAUCUGGCAUGCGGUGAGGACUCAGAUUGCAUUAACCGCGCGACCAAGAUCGAAUGCAUGGGCGAUUGUGGAUGUGGGCCAGAGUGUCAGAACCAACGAUUCCAGCGAAGGGAAUAUGCUCCGGUGGCGGUGAUCAAAACGGAAAAGAAAGGGUUCGGUCUCCGGGCGGAGGCUGACCUGCGACCGCACCAAUUUAUCUUUGAGUAUGUGGGCGAAGUCAUCAACGAGGGGCAAUUUCGGCGCCGCAUGAGACAGUAUGACGAAGAGGGAAUCAAGCACUUUUAUUUCAUGUCCCUCAGCAAGGGCGAAUUUGUCGAUGCGACCAAAAAGGGCAAUCUGGGCCGCUUUUGCAACCAUUCGUGCAAUCCCAAUUGUUAUGUCGACAAGUGGGUCGUUGGCGAGAAACUUCGCAUGGGCAUUUUUGCUGAACGACACAUUCAAGCUGGGGAGGAACUCGUCUUCAACUACAAUGUCGACCGCUAUGGGGCAGAUCCGCAACCCUGUUACUGCGGCGAGCCUAACUGUACCGGCUUCAUCGGAGGUAGAACUCAAACGGAGCGGGCUACAAAGUUGUCGAAUGCUACCAUCGAGGCUUUGGGUAUUGACGAUGCAGACGGCUGGGACACCGCUGUUGCGAAGCGGCCACGCAAGAAGAAGACGGGAGAGGACGAUGAGGAAUAUGUGGACAGCGUGCAGCCCAGGUCCCUGGAGGAGAAUGGCGUGACCAAGGUCAUGGCGGCGCUCAUGCAGUGCAAGGAGAAAUGGAUUGCGGUCAAGCUCCUGGGACGAAUUCAGCGCUGUGAUGAUGAGCGAGUCCGUAAUCGGGUGGUGAAAAUGCAUGGAUACCAGAUUUUGAACUCCCAGCUGGGCAUGUGGAAGGAGGAUCACAACGUCGUUUUACAGAUUCUCGACAUUCUCGACAAGUUUCCUCGUCUGACGCGGAACAAGAUCAUCGACUCCAAGAUUGAGUCUACCAUUCAACCAUUGACCAGCUGUGGUGAUGAGCGUGUGGAGAAGAAGUCAGCCACCUUGCUGCAAGUCUGGUCGACCCUCGAGGUUGGUUAUCGCAUUCCACGCAUGAAGAGAGAUCCCAAUGCCACGACGCCAGCUGUUAAUCAGUUCGGGCGGCGGGAGAACACUCGAGAUGAGCGACGACGGUCAAAGUCUCGUUCCCGAUCGAGGUCGCGGUCUAUAGAAGCCCCUCGCGGGCCAGCUGCUCAAGCGCGAGGCGGACAUGGCCAGAGAAAUCCUCACCAUCAUGGUCCCCGACCCUUCCGUCGACAAUUUAACCCCCUCCCGCCAGGAUGGUUCCAAGCAGAAUCAAAUGGGAGAACCUACUAUUACUCCGCUCGCGGGGAUACUACGUGGACACGACCGACAAAGGCCGCUCCUCAACCGCCGCCGGCCCCGAAAGAGUCGAGAGACAAGGCAUUGCAGGAUAUCAUCGAUGGUAUCAUGAACGCCAAGGAGAACACACCAAAGGAGAAGAGCGGAACUCCAGCUACACCACAAGCGUCUAGACCAACACCGGAUAUGAAGGAUGGUCAAGAAAAGUGGAGGUCAUAUAGCGAGGAGAAGCGAAAGAAAAUCUAUGAGAACACGCUCUAUCCCCAUGUCAAGUAUGUGGUGGACAAGUUCAAGCACAAACUUCCAAAAGAUGACUUGAAACGCUAUGCCAAAGAUGUGGCUAAGAAACUGGUAAAUUCGGAUUUCAAAAACAACCGUGUUGGGGACCCUACCAAGAUCGAUGACAAGCAGCAAAAGAAGGUGAAGAAAUUCUGCAAAGAAUUCUUCGACAAAGCUGUCGUCAAGCACCGCGCAUACGAACAACGGAAAGCAGAGCGACAGUCGAAGGAGCCAAAUUCGAGGCCCAAUGACGCGGCAGCGGAGGCUGUCGAGGAUGACGGUCUGGACGUAAAGAUGUCUGACGAUGAGGACGAUCGGGUUCCAGCACAGGAUGAGGAGACGCCUACGACCAUGACAGACGAAGUGCAAGGCCUCUUGAAACGUAAGAGAGAAGAUGAGCCAAACACCGGUGAUGGAAGCACAACCGAGUAUACUACUCCGUCUUCGUCCAAGCGACAACGAUCCUCCACGCCGCCACCACCACCCCCUCCUCCCAUGAGCCCUGGUAACGAGCAAGGCCAAAGUGGCGAAGAUGGGAAUACGAAGAGCGAUGCAGAUGAGCCCACUCCUGCGGACAAACAAGAUCUUGGUUCUCCUCCGCCUCCUCCGCCACCUCCUCCCUACCCUGAACAGGAGAUGGAUACCAACAACAAUCAUUUCAUCUCCGAAGAUGGCGUGAAGGAGCUAAACCCGACACAUAUUGGCAUCGAGGGACGGGUAUAG